CAACCGCGCGGUGAAUUUAUGCGCGUUUUACGGUCGUUUUGGUUCACGACUGCUGUCGCCUUUCGUCGGUUAACUGUGAACGAUCGUUGACCAGUGACAACGACGACGUAACGUUGAAUCACUAGGCGACGACGUUUCGGUUUUGUGAAAAGUAUUCUACCGAGUAUUCUACAUCGAGUGAAUUAUUUGGAGAAUACUGGACGAUUCUCGUUUCGUAGCGAGGCAACACGCGGAUAGACGUCAGUGGGUGAAGAGUGAGCCACAGUGUUUUCUCAAGUGUUCAGCGUCGAAAGUAAUAAAGCGUCGAGUAGUUCAGAAGCGCUGGAGCGAUUAGAUAAACUUCUUGUAAAUCCUGGAAACCAGUGGCACAUGAAAUUCCGUGGAAAAGCAAUGCGUGGAGAUCGGACGUUCCGUCGAUUUACGACUAGCCAUUGGUAAUGCUUCUAUUUGCAAGACACGGCCAAAACCGUAUCUAUGACUAUACAACAUAUACGCAGAGUCAGUCGCGGCAUGGCGCACGAGCCGUUCUCAACGUUUUGAUGGGCCUGAUCGAGAAUAAACGCUGGAUACGCGGGAAAUUAUGAUGUUCAUCUCCGAGUGACGAAAAGAAGAAGAUCACGAUGCUGAGAGUCGGAUCUAUACUAGGCCUGUUGGUUCUAUUAACCGUCGCGAGAAAUGUCGUUUCCAAUCGCUGCUUGACGAUGCUUGAAGAGGUUAAUCCAAAGAAAAUUGUAUACGACGACAAUAAGGUGCUGAACAUCAACUUCGAGGUUUCCCGCAGAGUGACACAGAGGCUGACGUCGAUGAUCAUGAAGAUUUUCUUGUCAGAGGUGCUUGGAUACUCGGGUGUCUCUAUCAUCGAGAUGGAUGAUAAGUUCAAUGCUACCGUCACCUUCGACAGGCUAAACAACGUGACUUACGCCGUCUUCCUGCACAAGAGUGACGAAAUAUUUACUCAUCCCAUGGUGAAUAUGGAAACUUGGAUACCGCCCCAGUUGGACACGGUACCUCUGCUAAAUACACGGCAUGUGAAGGAUUGCGGAUCGGUCGCGUCCCCGGGUCACUUUGGUUGGUUCGUUCCCAAAGCGUUAUCGAGACUGGAGAGUUGGGUAACCUUCCUUAGGCCAGAGACCGCUGCACGUUUCGACGUGGACGACACCACGUUGCUCAGGAUCCAGAAGUUCACCAUAGAUCCGAGCGUCAAUUCGUUCUAUUGCGAGGAAAAGUACUGCCGUCAAGGAAUGUACGUUCCCAAAUGGUGCCAGGGUCACGAGCAGAUGGCACAACGCUGCGCUUUGUUAUUUGCCAGUCAGCCCGAUGUCACGAACUUCGUGAAAUCUGCUAUCGAAAAGAUGAAACUCUACGUUAAGGUGGCCUGGGUCGGGCCACACUUAAAGAACUUGACGGAUGAUUUGACUACAGAGUAUACGCAGCUCGCAAACAACUCGACGGCUUUGACUGAUAACAGGUCCCUGGUGAUUUUGCAUUGGACACCCAGCAGCGUGAUACCGAACGAGGAGGAUUUCGUGAUGGUCGAUUUUCCGCGAUGUAACGCAAGACUGAUAGAAGCCGGGUGUUACUACGAGUCCAACAGGUUGGCCAAGCUCGUAUGGUCCAAGCUAGAGGUAAUCGCGGACUUCGCUUACGAGGCGAUAAAUCAGGCGACGUUUACCGACGAAAUGUACGAGGAUCUGAUCAACCGUUACAAUAAACAUUCUGGAACAGUCGACGAGGAAGAGAUCGCCUGUAGCUGGCUGAAGGAUAACUUGAACUACACCUUGGACAAUUGGAUGACGACGAACAAAAACGAGCUCGUCGUGGGCGGUAUAUUCCCAAUGAGCGAGAGCUUCUACUCUGGCAAGUCGAUCGCAGUCGCCGCAAGAAUGGCGAAGGUGGCGAUCAACGAGAACAACACCCUGUUACGAAACUACAAUCUGAAUCUACUAGUCAACGACGGCCAGUGCAAGUCUGACACAGUGUUGAAGUCGUUUAUCGACUACAUCUCUCGAACAUUUUACACGCUGGUCGGCAUUUUAGGGCCAGCUUGCUCGGAAACGGUAGAGCCGUUGAUCGACGUCUCGAAACACUACAAGACGGUGGUGAUCAGUUACAGCGCAGAGGGGUCCAGCUUCAAGAACCGCAAACGAUAUCCGUACUUCUUCAGAACGAUCGGCGAGAAUAAGCAGUACAAACACGUUUAUCUGCAGCUGUUGAAGAAACUCGGCUGGCGACGUGUAGCGUCGUUGACAGAGGACGGACAAAAAUAUUCCGAGUACAUAUCCUACAUGCAGGACGUGUUCAGAGAUAACGGAAUCGUGUUCGUCGCGAACGCUAAGUUCCCGAAGGACCGGGAAGACGACGUUAUGAAGAAGCACCUGCAAGAUUUGAAGCAGAAGAAGGCGAAAAUCAUUAUCGCUGACGUUUACGAUCAAGUAGCACGACAAGUGAUGUGCGAAGCGUACAGACUGAAAAUGACAGCUGCUCAGGGAUACGUGUGGUUCCUGCCCCUCUGGCUUCGACCGCAAUGGUACGACACCGAUCGCUACAACAAGAUAGGCGAACAGGUACCCUGCACCACCCUGGAGAUGAGCAGAUCUAUAAACGGCCACCUUGGUUUGUCUCACGCGUAUUUUGCUCCGGACGACAGCAUCAUGCAGGAGGGAAUAACGGUGCGUGAGUGGCGCAAUCGUUACGAACAGGAUUGUAAAUCUCACCAAGAGCCACCCUCGAAUUAUGCUGGUUUUGCCUACGACGCGAUGUGGACGUACGCUUACGCGAUGGAUCGACUCUUAAAAGAGAACCAGAGUUACGCUUUCGAUCUCCACAGCGAUCAUACUAUCAACCGGUUGACGACCAUUAUUGGCGAGACUGACUUUGAGGGGGUGUCCGGAAGAAUUAAUUUUCUAGGAGGGCCUUCAAGAUUCUCGGUGGUCAACAUCCUUCAAUACGUCGAUAACGAAACCCGACUGAUUGGUAACUUCUACCCGGACGUCUCGAAAACGAAACACGAAGUGGUGGGUGGCAAACUCGAUUUGAACAUUUCUGCAUUCGUUUGGCUUUCUGGCAAGAUGCCAGAUGACGGCUCCGAACCACCCCAACGUUGCGUGAUCGCAGGUUUCGCAGAUUUCUUGAACGUGUCCUGCGAAGUUGCCUUCGUCAUAGCUAACAUUCUUGGCCUUGCUUUUCUGGCCGUGAUACUCAUCAUCGGUUUCAUCAUUGUCAAGAGAAAGUAUGAAGAGAAAGUGAAGAUUCAGGAGAAGUAUAUAAAGUCUCUAGGCUUGGGCUUUCCACAGUUGGACACCUCCGACUUGGACAAAUGGGAGAUACCUCGCGACAGGGUGGUGAUCAACCGAAAGCUGGGCGAGGGUGCAUUCGGAACUGUUUAUGGUGGCGAAGCGUUCUUCCCUGAGAAGGGAUGGGUCGCUGUUGCCGUAAAAACUUUGAAAGUGGGGAGCUCCACUGACGAGAAGCUGGACUUUCUUAGCGAGGUGGAAGUGAUGAAGAGAUUCGAGCACAAGAACAUCAUCAAACUAUUGGGAGUAAUCAUAAAGACUGAGCCAGUGCAGACGGUGAUGGAGUUUAUGCUCUAUGGCGACUUGAAGACGUUCCUUCUCGCGAGAAGACAUCUCGUCAACGACCACAGCUACGAAGAUUCCGACGAAAUUUCCAGUAAAAAAUUAACUGCCAUGGCGCUGGACGUAGCCAGGGCGCUCAGCUACUUGGCGCAGUUGAAAUAUGUUCACAGAGAUGUUGCCUCUCGAAAUUGUUUGGUGAACGCUCAACGAAUAGUCAAACUCGGGGAUUUUGGCAUGACUAGGCCCAUGUACGAACAUGAUUAUUACAAGUUUAAUCGAAAAGGAAUGUUGCCAGUAAGAUGGAUGGCACCGGAAUCUUUGGUUCUAGGAAUAUUUACUCCAGCUUCGGAUGUCUGGUCCUACGGUGUUUUACUUUACGAAAUUAUCACAUUCGGCAGUUUCCCUUUCCAGGGAAUGAGCAACCACGAAGUGCUGACUCAUGUCAAAGCUGGACAUUCGCUGGUCGUCCCCAAAGGCGUCAAAAUACAUUUAGAAAAUAUGAUGUAUUCCUGCUGGAGGAGGGAACACACGCAGAGACCAACUGCUCCAGAGAUCGUUGAUUUUCUAGCGACAAAUCCUCGAAUUCUGUCGCCUUGUCUGGACGUUCCUUUAGCUAGCGUACAAAUAGAGCACACCGGUCAGAUCGAGAUGCAACUCACAGAGAACAUCAGAAAGUUCUCGCUUUCCUGGCCAUCGCAGAAUCUGGCUACUCAAUCUUCGGCGUCAAAUCCUUUGGAGAUGAUUCCAAAUCCUCCUCUGCUCGACAUAAACUGCCCGGACGAUAAGCAGAGCGAAGUGUCGUUAUUAGGGGACAUUGACAGUUUUAAGCCUUUAUUGUUGAACACUGAAGAAUCAUCUUCGAUACCAGUUGUAAGUCAUCAUAACAUUGAACAAAAUGAGGAACAACCGCACAGGUAUAUGAACGUUCAACCAGGAAUGGUGAACGAGUAUCCUAAAUCUAACCAAAACGCUGGGACCAUUCAGAUGGAAGAAAGAAGCCCUAUGCUGCUGAAGAAUCGGAAUUCCCAGGAUGUUUCAAUUCUUUGACAGUAUAUACAGCACAGGAUUUCAAGACAGAAAUCAAUGGCGCAUUUCCACUGACGGGUCGAAUGCAUAUUCGGAAAAUAUGCGAAGAGUUCGUAUAGGAAAACCAGCGUUUAGUUGGUCAGUAAUUUUACUCUCUGAUGAAAGCACAGGGUACGUGAAACUCUGAAUAUGUGUUCUCUGAUUGAAAACGGAGAUAUUUUCUUUACUUCGCUUACGAAGUAUAGAUGAAUCGAGAUGUAGAGAACGUAUAAGAAGUACUUGUCACGGUUUAUACAAGUGAAUCUAUGUACAGUGACUUACGAAAGUAUAGAACAUUUACCAUGAAAAGCUUUAUCCAACAUUAUAAGUGUGUUAGGAAUGAUUUAUUAAAUCGGUCGGGGAACAACCUGGUUAGGAUAACUGGUUAGUACAUUUCAAACCUUUUUCUCGAUCAAUACAAGUUGCCCGUAACUCUAGUAUCAUAGUCUGAAAUUAUUAGCUCUCGAUACUUGUUUCUUUCCAUUUGUUAGUUGAGUUGAACAUAUAAUUAUGUAUGUGUAACUACUUAUUCGAGUACAUUAUAUGACUUCACAGACGUAUUACACUUCCUGAAGAUUUGCCACAUAAAUGCGCAUAUAAAGAUUCACGCUAACCUUCUCGAAAAACAUUAUACGCAACUUGGUGCGCAAAAAACAAUACCCCACCAAGUGCUGUAUAUGUAUUCUAGUGUCUUUUGUAUUUACUUUGCCCAUCAGUAUCUGGGUGAUUGAGAGGGUUUGCGUGAACGAAAGUGUACAUAAUUUUAAUGAUACCAAAUAAUGCGUAUCAAAUAAUACGUUUGCAUAGACUGUACUUUCAUAAUAUGACGUCGAUAUAACAACUAAAAUAUAGAAUAAAAUUUCCCUUCCAAAGAUAAAUGCAUUUAACGCUUGCUGAAUUUUUCAAAUAAAAUUAUGACUUUCAUGUUCGAACAAACAGUUUCUUAUUAAUUGACGAAAAUGUAAAUUGUAUUUUUAAAUGUUUUCGGCUUAUUAACAAUCAUCUGCGAAUAACAAAAUAAUGUUCAUCGAUGUAAAAAACAUAGAACUAUAUGAAAACAAAAAAACUAAAUCCGAUUAAAAACUUGCAAUUAGUGAAAUAGAGACAUAAAAUUUGAAAAAAAAUCUUUAUUUUGGAAGAAAGAUCAGACCAUUUAUUAGUUUAAAUAUAUUUAAGGAGAAAAAUCUCACUAGUACCUGACUAAUCUAUCUUCUAUUUUAGUCUUUUUUUCGUUUAAUAUUUUGUAAAUCGAUAAGCAUUAUCUUAUCGCAAGAUAGUCACUAAUAGGUAGAAAAGGUUUACAUAUAAAUGAACUUUACUUCAUCCUUAAGGUCGAGAAUAACUUUACAGUUCUUUUUAAAUAAAUCUGCCAAUCCAGAUACUUAGAUUCGCUUGUAAUUGUCGUGACAAAUUUUUAGUUUAUAAUCUGUACAAUUAGACCGUUUGUCUACGAGGAGAUUAAUAUCCUGCCAAUUUACCUAACGAGUAAUAGACCUAGGCUAAAAUAUAGGGUAUCAGCGAAUAGAACGAAAUAAUAUUUGUUGCAAUGAGACAAAAACACCGGUGCGAUUUUCCUUAAAUAAGAUGAAAAUGGAAGAACUGAUUUCGUACAUUUUUGCACAAUGUACUUUUGAGACUGAUAUACGUAGAGCAAUUAAGUUUUGGAUAUUUGUAUGUGUCGUUGCAGAGAGGGAUAACUGAUUUAUCAAUGCGACAGCGAUGGAAAUUUCUUGAGACAAAGAUAAGCUUCUUGAUUCUAAAGACCAAACGUUUAAUUUAUAAAAUUGAAGCAUUUUGUUUUUUACCAUAGAAAUGUUUGUAUUUGCAAUGAAAAUAAAAAUUGAGCUUCAGCUAAGUAA